GCUCGGUCCCCGCGCUCGGCUCGGCUCGGCCCCGUCCCGCGUUGGAGAAGGGCAGCCCGAGCAGGGCAGAGUCGGUUGAGCCUCCGAGGAGUGCUGGUGGCUGGAGCUGAGCUGAGCGGAGCUGAGUGAGCGGCAGUGCGCGGCGCGUUGGGCUGGCUAGCGGCUAGCACACCGGAACCCCUCUCACCACAGACGGAUUACAUCGGAGUGCAGGAUUUUGUGCCUUUCAGUGACGGAUUUCCUCUGCAACCAUGCCUGCCGAUAAGCAUGGCAGGUCAGACUCGUACCGUGUGGCUACAGUUCCCUCCAUCCCCGACGACAACAAGACAUUCGACGGAUCAGCUAAGUCGCGGCGGAAAAAUCCGAAGGCGAAAAGAAAGGGAGACGAUCUAGAUGACCUUAAACAAGAAUUGGAUAUUGACUUCCAUAAAAUAACCCCAGACGAACUCUACCAACGAUUCCAAACUAACCCAGAGAGAGGUCUAUCACAUGCGAAAGCAAAAGAAAAUUUGGAGCGAGAUGGCCCCAAUGCCCUUACGCCCCCUAAAACCACCCCAGAAUGGGUCAAAUUCUGCAAGCAACUCUUUGGAGGCUUUGCCCUUCUCUUGUGGAUUGGUGCCAUCCUGUGCUUUAUUGCAUACUCCAUCCAAGCCAGUACGGUUGAAGAGCCUGCUGACGAUAAUUUGUUCUUGGGUAUUGUGCUGUCAGUUGUGGUCAUGGUCACAGGAACCUUUUCUUACUGGCAAGAGGCUAAGAGUGGCAGUAUUAUGGACUCCUUUAAAUCUCUAGUUCCGCAAUUUGCAACAGUUGUAAGAGAAGGUGAAAAAGUAACAGUACGUGCUGAGGAUCUGGUACUUGGUGAUGUUGUGGAAGUUAAGUUUGGAGACAGAAUUCCUGCUGACAUCCGUAUUGUUGAGUCUCGUGGCUUUAAAGUAGACAACUCUUCAUUGACUGGAGAGUCUGAGCCUCAGAGCCGUAGCGUUGAAUUUACCCAUGAAAAUCCUUUGGAAACCAAGAAUUUGGCUUUCUUCUCGACCAAUGCUGUGGAAGGUACUGCUAAGGGUAUUGUUAUCAGCUGUGGUGACCAUACAGUCAUGGGCAGAAUUGCUGGUCUAGCAUCAGGUCUAGAUACAGGCGAAACACCUAUUGCCAAGGAAAUUCACCAUUUCAUCCACCUCAUUACUGGCGUGGCUGUGUUCCUUGGUGUUUCCUUCUUUGUCAUUGCUUUUAUCCUGGGAUACCACUGGCUUGAUGCUGUUAUUUUCCUCAUUGGUAUUAUUGUUGCCAAUGUACCAGAAGGUUUGCUUGCAACUGUAACUGUCUGUUUGACCCUCACGGCCAAAAGAAUGGCAUCUAAAAAUUGCUUGGUUAAGAAUUUGGAGGCUGUAGAAACAUUGGGUUCCACAUCUACCAUUUGCUCAGACAAAACUGGCACCCUUACCCAAAACCGGAUGACUGUUGCUCACAUGUGGUUUGAUAACCAAAUUAUUGAGGCAGACACUACUGAGGAUCAAUCAGGAGUGCAAUAUGACCGCACCAGCCCAGGAUUCAAAGCUCUGUCAAGGAUUGCUGCCCUUUGCAACCGAGCAGAGUUCAAAGGUGGUCAAGAAAAUGUCCCAAUUCUUAAGAAGGAGGUGGCUGGUGAUGCUUCUGAGGCUGCCCUUUUGAAGUGCAUGGAGUUGGCUUUGGGUGAUGUUAUGAAACUCCGCAAGAAUAACAAGAAAGUAUGUGAAGUUCCCUUCAAUUCCACCAACAAAUACCAGGUUUCUGUUCACGAAACUGAUGAUCCAAACGAUCCUCGUCACUUGUCUGUGAUGAAGGGAGCUCCCGAACGUAUCUUGGACAGAUGCUCAACCAUUUUCAUUGGCGGAAAAGAGAAGGUCCUUGAUGAAGAAAUGAAAGAAGCCUUCAAUAAUGCGUACUUGGAACUUGGUGGCUUGGGAGAGCGUGUCCUUGGGUUCUGUGACCUCAUGCUUCCCACUGACAAAUACCCCAUUGGCUUCAAAUUUGAUUGUGAUGAAGUGAACUUCCCUAUUUCUGGAAUGCGGUUUGUGGGCCUAAUGUCUAUGAUUGAUCCUCCUCGUGCUGCUGUCCCUGAUGCUGUUGCUAAAUGCCGUUCUGCUGGUAUCAAAGUUAUCAUGGUAACUGGUGAUCACCCUAUUACUGCCAAAGCUAUUGCAAAAUCUGUUGGCAUCAUUUCUGAAGGUAAUGAAACCGUUGAAGACAUUGCACAAAGGCUGAAUAUCCCAGUGUCUGAGGUAAACCCUCGAGAGGCCAAGGCUGCUGUUGUGCAUGGAACUGAACUCCGUGAUUUGGACUCUUCACAUCUUGAUGAUAUUCUUCGCCAUCACACUGAGAUUGUAUUUGCUCGUACCUCACCUCAGCAGAAGCUCAUCAUUGUGGAGGGUUGCCAGCGAAUGGGUGCCAUUGUUGCUGUCACUGGUGAUGGUGUAAACGAUUCUCCAGCUUUGAAGAAAGCUGAUAUUGGUGUUGCCAUGGGUAUUGCUGGUUCUGAUGUAUCAAAGCAAGCUGCUGACAUGAUUCUGCUAGAUGAUAAUUUUGCAUCAAUUGUCACUGGUGUCGAGGAAGGGCGUCUCAUCUUCGAUAACUUGAAAAAGUCCAUUGCAUACACCCUUACCUCAAACAUUCCUGAAAUCUCACCUUUCCUGGCCUUCAUUUUAUUGGACAUUCCUCUACCUCUUGGUACUGUCACCAUUCUCUGCAUUGACUUGGGAACUGACAUGGUCCCUGCCAUUUCCUUGGCCUAUGAAGAAGCCGAGUCAGAUAUCAUGAAGCGACAGCCUCGAAAUCCUUUCACAGAUAAACUCGUAAACGAAAGGCUUAUCUCAAUGGCGUAUGGUCAAAUUGGUAUGAUCCAAGCUGCAGCUGGAUUCUUUGUCUACUUUGUCAUCAUGGCAGAGAAUGGUUUCCUGCCCAUCAAGUUGUUUGGAAUCCGUAAACAUUGGGACUCCAAAGCUAUCAAUGACCUGCCUGAUUCCUAUGGACAGGAAUGGACUUACAGGGACAGAAAAGCUCUUGAAUUUACUUGCCACACUGCCUUCUUUGUGUCAAUUGUCAUUGUCCAGUGGGCUGAUUUGAUUGUGUGCAAAACAAGGCGUAAUUCUCUUGUUCACCAAGGAAUGAGAAACUGGGCACUUAACUUUGGUCUAGUAUUUGAGACUGCUCUUGCUGCCUUCCUUUCAUAUACCCCUGGCAUGGACAAGGGUCUCAGGAUGUACCCGCUCAAGUUUGUAUGGUGGCUCCCAGCCCUGCCCUUCACGCUCUCCAUCUUCGUCUAUGACGAGGUCCGACGCUUCUACCUUCGCAGAUACCCUGGCGGCUGGCUUGAGCAGGAGACAUAUUACUAAGCACAUGUCAUUGUGCUUGCUGCGUGUUGCUCAGUAGUGACCGCGUACAGUGUUCAGCGGCAGCCUCGGAAUUGUUCCGAGGAGCUAAGGAAAUUCUUUCCUCAAAGUGAAGACCGAAAAAUAUUUUAAGAAACCAAUUUGCUUCGCUGGAGCCACGUUUUAGUAGGCAGCCACUAGGGACGACUAAGAAUGAGGUACAGUAAAGGUAAAAAGUGUGGAUGUAGGUGGUGCGACUGAAAGGACCAUGUCAGUAGGAGGUGGUUGGGCAGCGUGGGGGUUUACAGCAUGGAAUAUGGACACCAAUGAAUACCUCAUCACAUUAUUGCCACAUCUGAUUCUCAUUCUUGAUCCUUUUUUUAUGAAGAGUAUUUACCAUUUAGUUUAUUAUUGAGUGCAAAGUUGUAUAUGAUGCUGCUGUAAAAUCUCCACAUUUUUUAGUAAUAUUUUUGUUGAUAUUAUCUUCUUUUAGUUAUUUUUCAGUUUUAGUGCAGGCUUUAAAUUUGUUAGGAGGAAAGUUGCCUGCUCGAGUUAUGUAGAAGAAAUAAAAUUCUCAUCAAGUCAGAUGAUCUGACAGCUGUGUCGGAGAACUAAAUUAGUUGUGAAGUAUGUAAGAAAUAAUAUUUCUUUUUAACAUGAAGAGACUUAUGUUCAGAGGGGAAAAAUAAAGAAAUUGAUUGUAACUACAUAUUGAUUAAAGAAAGAUCAUAGGAAACUUAAAUUGUUCGUUUAUAUAGAGUUAAAUAAUAAAACAAAAACGAGAACUUGUUGCAAUGUUUGAAUGAAGUGUGGUUUAUAAGGUUUGAUAAAAGGAAUUGUGCUCUGGGGCAGCUGGGGAAGCAUGGCCCUUCCUGCCACCGUGCCUCCAUCCACCAGUGUAUCAUGUCAGUUUAAUUAAUUCGUGAAUGUGGAACACUUCUUCUUGUUACAUGUAAAUUACCUUGCUGAUAUUUGCAAAAGCAAUGUUUUUUGUAUUGAUUUUUAAAAACACAUUUGUAAAACCUCCCCCCUUCAAUCCUAUUACUUUUACUGCCUAUUACCAAUGUUCUAAUUUUUACUUUAGAAUAGACUUUGAAAUUCUGAUAUGAUGGGAUCCAUCAAUCUAGGAUACACCAUGCUUGAAGUAUCUUGGGGAAACUGGAUAGAUAGGUUGUAGGUAUAUUUUUAGGUUAGUAUAACCAUGUUGUUAUUGUAAGUCAGUACACAAAUUUCACUGUUGAAGCUUGUUACAUGAGAGACUUGAAAAAUUUACUAGAUCCAAACUCCAGCGAUGUAAUAUUGAUAAAUAAUGAGGGUGGUAAUUGAGGGCCGGGGGUGGGGGGGAGGUGCGGUAGGAACGGUCAGUCAUGGCAGCUGCCCAUCGCGUUGGACCAGCAAGCCGUUUGGCUCUCUCGUCACUGCCGAGCAAGCUGCAACCAAGCGGCUGGUUGUAAGCUGUAAGUUGAGCCGGGCUCUAAGCUCGGGGCGGGGCAAGGCCCAGGCCACUCCAAGUCACUCCAGUCAAUGCUGGAGGCGGUGAUUGGAAAGUUGUUCUAUCAUUCUAAUGAUGAUAUUGUACAUAUUUUAAAUAAGAACUUAUAAAUUAUUAUAUUUUUUUGUUUGUUCUUUUGUUUGAACUUACUCACAUCAGAAAUUUCCACCUCCUUGUAUUGGCUAUGAAUGAGUGAAAUGUAAAAAGAAAAAAAACAUGAGACGCAUUGUCAACCACAAACAUAGUUACUGAAACCAUCCGAUCUGCAGGAAUUUUGGUUAGAAUUAGCCUGUAGAACAAUUAACGAUAUGACAGUGCAGUUUGUCCUUUGUUUAUGAAUGAACGUGAGCAUUUAAUUUGUUAACUGUAAUGUGUAGAUGCAUUGCUCGUGAUCUGUAAUAAUAAUAACUACACACAUACUGCCUACCACAAUCUACCGAUGGAGCGACUGGAGCGUUGUUCAAACUAUGUAAGACAAUAACCAAUACAGCUUCCGGUUGGAUGAUGUGGCAGAAAGCCUCUAGUUUCUGUUCUGGGUGGGAAGAUCUAAGUGUGCAGUUGUCUUGGCUCAUCAUCAAUUUUUGGUAGAAUUUGAAGAAAAAAAAAGAAAAAACAAAGAAAUUUUACACAUAAUCCAUCAUGAAUGUGUAAGUUGUUUGCCAUAAGCACAUAAUAAAAAUGGUACAUGUUGAACAAA